GAUGGCGUGUGCGCAUGCGGCAGCGAGGCGUGUUCGAACGGACGACAUUUGCCUCGAACUAUGAUUGUGUCCAGGGCGCCUGAGUUCUCCCAGCGAUGGUGGUAGUCAUAUGAUGUGGUUCGCAGUGCCCCGGUGCGGCUCGGGCGACCGUGCGCAGAGGUUGGCGAGGGGAGCGCUUCAUGCGCAUGCCCAACGACGGUUAUGUCCGCGGGCUCGUGUCUGCCACGCCUCCUGGCCGGGCGCGGGCCGCUGAGAACAUUGCUGCAAAGAGGCCAGCAGUUUCAGCGUCGCAGAGUCGAAGUUGCGGUUCUUGGCUGCGCUUUGACGGCCCUGCUGGUCCCUUCGGCCCGCGUGGGGCCGGCCCCUCACCAUGUAUGCCGGGCGUUGGGCCGUGAUGGAGUCUGGGAAUACGCUGCACACUACGCCAACCUGCCCCUUACCCUGUCCCGUCGCACAUUCGCACCCAGGCGUGGGACCGGUGAAAUCGCACGUAGGCAUUCUGCGGAGGAGCUGUCCUGGGUGUGGUGGCGGCAGCUCGCAGGGCGCGGGGCAUGGCCUGCAACCUUGCUUGCAACUAGGGCUAUGCGGGGGCCAGCCACAGCCGCAGCAGUACGGGCAAACAUAUGCAACCUGUCGCGUCGUAACCGCAACAAGCUGUCGUGUCACGAGCGGCCGACAUGACUGUCUCGGCCGUCACGCAGCACUGUUGCAGAGUGCUUCAUGGGGCCAUUGACACGCUGCGAACGAGUUGGGCCUGCUCGCAACGUCGCCACGCAUGGAUA